AUGAUAUUAGGACAACAAUUUAGUCGCUAUCGUGAAAAGAUAGUAACAUAUACUAACCAACGUAUACAUGCAUUUGAGGAAUUUAUCAAUGGGUGUCAAACAAUCAAAAUUUAUAAUUGGGAAAAGUAUAUUGAGACUCGUGUAAUUCGAAUACGUGAACUUGAACUAGCAGCUAUUCGUCGUACAUCUUUUCUUCGUGCUAUUAAUGUAGCUGUAUUCUUCGCAGCAAUGCCUUUGAUUGGGUUUUCUACAUACGUCGGUGCUUGGUUUACUGGACGUCAGUUAAAAGUAAUUGAUAUCUUUAUAACUCUUGGAUUCUAUAGUCAAAUUCGUGAUCCUAUCAUGUAUGCUUUACCAUUGGCGAUCGAAAAAUUUAUCGACCUUCGACUGGCAUGGCAAAGAAUUGACAGACUCAUUCAGCUAAUGAUAAAAGAAGGAGAUCGAACUUUGCAUACAUUUGACAUCGAUCAUUAUCAGCAAAAAGGAGCAAUUACGAUGUGGAAUGCUUCAUUUUCAUGGAAUGGUCAUGAUGACUGUCUUUCAUCACUCAAUAUUGAUAUUAAACCAGGCACAUUUGUAGGUAUUACUGGAGUGGUUGGUUCCGGACCUGGAUUUUGGCUAUUAUAUCGUUACUAUUUGCGAUCGAGUCAACAACUUCAACGCAUGGAAAGCGUAACACGCAGUCCUAUUUUUGGACUGUUUGUAUCAUCACUCAAUGGCUUAGCUACUAUUCGUGCAUUCAAAGCUCAAAACGCCGCCAUUCGUUCUUUUAUGACUGUUGUUGAUGCCAAUGCACGUCCAUAUCUAUACAUGGCAGGUGCUACAAGAUGGUUUUGCUGCCGAAUCGAUCUUAUGACAACUUUGCUCACGCUUUUCGUUGGAGUUUUUGUUGUCGUUUUACGUAAUAAAGCGAAUCCAGAACUGCUGAUACUCAGUUUGUUAUAUACCAUUAAUAUAAAUAAUUGGUUUCAGUUUGGCAUGCGUCGAUUGACUGAAGCCCAAAAUUUGAUGACUAGUGCAGAACGUAUUGAUGAAUAUGCACGUUUAUCACAGGAAGAAGACAACGGAGGCUCUAAAAGAUUAAUCAGAACUCCAACAGAUUGGCCGAAUCGCGGAGCGAUCGAGUUUCGAAAUUAUUCACUACGUUAUCGAUCUAAUCUCGAACCAGCUCUGAGAAAUAUCAAUCUAGCAAUCAAACCUUGUGAAAGAAUAGGAAUUAUGGGUCGGACAGGUGCAGGCAAAUCAUCUCUCUUUCAAAGUCUAUUACGUCUAGUUGAUCGAUCGACCAUCGAUGGUAACAUUUUAAUUGACGAUAUUGAUAUAAGUCGUAUUACACUGAACCAUCUUCGUUCUCAUAUCAGUGUCAUUCCACAACAGUUCGUGCUCUUUGCUGGAACUCUUCGAUCCAACAUCGAUCCGUUAGAUGCUUAUUCGGAUGAACAAUGUUGGACGGCACUCGAAGCUGUACAACUAAAAUCAAUGGCUUCUCAUCAUCCAGCGGGUCUUCUAAUGCCAGUGGCAGAAUCGGGUAGUAACUUGAGCAUUGGUCAAUGUCAAUUAAUUUGCGUUUGUCGAGCUAUUCUCAAGUCAAGUAAAAUAUUAUUGAUUGAUGAGGCAACGGCUAAUGUUGAUAACGACACUGAUCAAAUGCUACAAUCGAUCAUUGCAGAAAUAACUAAGAAUCGAACAGUGUUAACAAUAGCACAUCGUUUGAAUACAGUAAUCGGUAGCGACCGUCUUCUAGCUGUGGAUAAUGGCAUGAUAGUCGAUUUCGAUGUACCGAAUAAAGUUUUAAAGUGUUUUCAAUGA